AAACAAUGCUGCAAUUAUAUUGUUUGUGAAAAACCUUUAUAUUUCACUGAAAAAGUUCUCUGCCCACAAUAUAUAUAUAUAUACAUAUAUGUCUGUUGAGCCAAAAAGUUACUAAAUUUCAACACACCCACAUCAUUUUUAGUCAUGAAGUGUUCAAGUAACAACUUGAAGAUUCAAAAACAAGAAAAAGUUUGAAUCUUUAGGCAAAAAAAGAAAAGAAAAAUGGGCCAAAAACUGCAAGGGCAUCAUCAUUUAGUGGCAGUGAGUUUGAAUGAGCAACAAUUGGGAACAAAAAGGAAGUAUACAUCAUAUAUACCGAGAACAAAUCAAAGGAUAUACUUAGCAUUAUGGUUAAUAACAUUUGGAUUUUUUGCUGUAGAAGUAUAUAGAUGUAUAGAUGCAGGGCAUCAACAAAGAAUUGAAGAAGGAUUAGUUAGUAUGUGUGAUCAAAGAGCAAGAAUGUUACAAGAUCAGUUUAGUGUUUGUGUUAAUCAUGUCCAUGCUCUUGCUGUUUUGGUUUCUACUUUUCAUUACUACAAGAAUCCUUCUGUUAUUGACCAGGAAACAUUUGCAGAAUAUACAGCAAGAACAGCAUUUGAGAGACCUUUACUGAGUGGAGUAGCAUAUGCACAAAAAGUGAUGAAUUCGGAGAGGGAAGAAUUCGAAAGUCAACAUGACGGGACAAUACGAACAAUGGAGAACAAGGAACCUUCACCUCACCGUGAUGAGUAUGCGCCUGUAAUUUUUGCUCAAGAAACUCUUUCUUACCUCAAUUUGCUUGAUAUGAUGUCUGGCGAGGAGGACCGAGAGAACAUCUUGAGGGCUCGGUCAACCGGGAAAGCAGUACUCACAAGCCCUUUUAAGCUCUUAGGUUCUCACCAUCUUGGAGUAGUUUUGACUAUUCCUGUGUAUAAAUCAAAGCUCCCCCCAAAUGCAUCUGUGCGGGAUCGCAUUGAAGCUACUGCCGGAUAUCUUGGUGGAGCAUUUGAUGUCGAGUCACUUGUUGAAAACCUGUUAGGUCAGCUUGCUGGAAACCAGGAGAUAGUGGUGAAGGUUUAUGACGUUACCAACACGUCCGAUCCAUUAAUCAUGUAUGGUCAGCAGACUCAAGAUGGUGACCAGUCACGUGUACGUGUCAGCAUGCUAGACUUUGGUGAUCCAUUUAGGAAGCACCAGAUGAUGUGUAGGUAUCUUCACAAGGCACCUAUGUCAUUGACCGCCAUUAUCACUUCAUGUUUGGGAUACGUAAUAGUUGGAUUAGUUGGUUACAUGUUUUAUACCGGAGCCAUUCAUAUUGUUCAAGUUGAAGACGAUUUUGACACAAUGCAACAGUUAAAGGUUCGAGCAGAAGCUGCUGAUGUCGCCAAAUCGCAGUUUCUUGCUACUGUCUCACAUGAAAUCCGAACACCCAUGAAUGGCAUUCUCGGGAUGCUUGCGUUACUUUUAGAUACGGAUUUAAGUUCGACACAAAGAGAUUAUGCUCAAACAGCUCAAGCUUGCGGAAGGGCAUUAAUUACAUUAAUAAACGAAGUGCUUGAUCGGGCCAAAAUUGAAGCUGGGAAGUUGGAACUAGAAGCAGUCCCGUUUGAUCUUCGAUCCAUAUUAGAUGACGUCCUCUCGUUAUUUUCUGAGAAGUCUCGAAAUAAAGGGAUUGAGUUGGCUGUUCUUGUAUCUGAUAAAGUUCCACAAAUUGUGAUGGGCGACCCGGGGAGAUUCAGACAAGUGAUAACGAAUCUUGUGGGAAAUUCUGUAAAAUUUACGGAACAAGGACAUAUAUUUGUUCAAGUCCACCUAGCUGAACAUUCUAAAGCUGUUCAAGAUGUAAAACCAGAGUCUUGUAUGAAUGGAAGAUUCAAAACAUUAAGUGGUCGUGAAGCAGCAGAUGACCGAAACAGUUGGGACAAGUUUAGGCAUUUAGUAGCAGAUGAAGAGUUCCCAUAUAAAGUGUUGACAUCUGACGGGACUUCACAGAAUGUUAGUUUAAUGGUGUCGGUCGAGGACACGGGAAUCGGGAUACCGUUACACGCCCAAGAGCUCGUUUUCAUGCCAUUCAUGCAGGCUGAUAGUUCAACCUCCAGACAUUAUGGAGGAACAGGAAUUGGGUUGAGCAUUAGCAAGUGUUUAGUUGAGCUGAUGGGUGGUCAGAUAAGCUUCAUUAGCCGGCCUCAAAUUGGUAGCACAUUUUCUUUUACAGCUAUUUUUAAAAAGUGUGAGAAAAAUACAGUUAGUGAACCGAAGAGAUCACUUUAUGAUGAUCUGCCAACUACUUUUAAAGGCUUGAAAGCAACCGUUGUCGAUACAAAUCCCGUUAGAAUUUCUGUAACAAAGUACCAUUUGAAACGGUUAGGUGUCCUCGUUGAGGCUGUUAAUAGCAUAAAAAUGGCGACCUCAGUUUUUGCCCAUAAUGGUAGAAAAGAAUGGAAACCCGACAUGAUUCUAGUUGAGAAAGAUGUUUGGUUAUCUGGUGACAAUGUGAACAGCUUACGUGGUUUUGGGCACGUAUUAAAGUCACCCAAAAUGAUCAUUCUUGCUACAAGCAUAACAGGAACUGAAUUCGACAAGGCAAAAGCAGCAGGAUUUUCCGACACUUUGAUUAUGAAACCUUUAAGAGCGAGUAUGGUGGCAGCUUGUCUUCAGCAGGUACUGGGAACAAAAAAGAAGGCGGAACAAGGUAAAGUCAUGACAAAUGGAUCGGUGUAUCUCAAGAGUUUGCUUUGUGGGAAGAAAAUACUGGUGGUUGAUGACAAUAUGGUGAACCGUAGAGUUGCAGCCGGUGCACUUAAGAAGUUUGGGGCUGCAGUUGAGUGUGCUGAUAGUGGGAAAGCUGCUCUUGAUCUGCUUCAGAUUCCACAUGGUAUUGAUGCAUGUUUCAUGGAUAUUCAGAUGCCUGAAAUGGACGGUUUUGAAGCCACGCGACGUAUUCGAUUAAUGGAGAGACAGGCAAACGAGCAACAAACAAGUGGCUCGAUGGAGGGGUUGUUGCAUCGGACCAAAGAGUGGCAUUUGCCCAUACUAGCCAUGACUGCCGAUGUUAUUCACGCCACAUUUGAAGAGUGUCAAAAAAGUGGCAUGGAUGGUUACGUAUCAAAACCAUUUCAGGAAGAAAAUCUUUACCAAGCAGUCGCCAAGUUUUUCGAAUCCAACCCCACAACGGAGUCGUAAGAAAACCAGAAAAAAGUUGCCAGCAAAUUUUGCAUAUUUCUCCUGCUGGUGUUGCGUAGUUGUAUGUACAUUUGAUGGUAUCAGUUUUUUUUUCUGGAUCUCACGAGCCGGCAGUAUAGUUCCCGACAACCGGUUGUAACACCUAAUUAACCAACUUCGGACCUAACUGGAUUAGCUUCUCGAUGAAACUCAUACCAUGAUUUGAACCCCUAACAUGUUUGUAUAGAUGGUUUAGGCAAGAGGGCAAGAGUUUUUUUAUAAUCUCGUUAAGAUUGCUUUGUAUUGUUUUAUCGGUCUCGGUAUAUCGAUAUCCUUGUCAAGAAGCUAUGAGAAGCACAGAUGUAAUGUGUUGUAUUUGUAUAAUUGUCUUUGUUAUCAGAA